AUGGCUUUCGCCGGACUUCUCAGUGACGCUGACAUUGCAGCUGCCCUUGGUGCAUGUACUGCUGCUGACACCUUCGAUCACAAGAGCUUCUUCAAGAAGGUCGGUCUGAGUGGCAAGUCCGCUGAUGAUGUGAAGAAGGCCUUCUACAUCAUUGACCAGGACAAGAGUGGCUUCAUUGAGGAGGAGGAGCUGAAGCUGUUCCUGCAGAACUUCAAAGCUGGUGCCAGAGCCCUUUCCGACAAAGAGACAAAGGCCUUCCUUGCCGCUGGUGACGCCGACGGUGAUGGCAUGAUCGGAGUUGACGAGUUCGCUGUGAUGGUAAAGGCU